AUGCAACUGGAGCAGGACAUCCGAAGUUUUGAUUCCGAGUGUCAAGUGCUCCGCAUGGUGCGACACGACAACCUGAUAAAGAUACUCAACACGUGUUCCAACCUUGACUUCAAAGCACUAGUGCUUCAGUACAUGACAAAUGGUAGCUUGGACAUGCUCCUACACCAGCCUCAGAGUUCAUGGCGCCUAGGGUUCCUUGAGAGACUAGGCAUCAUGCUCGACGUGUCGAUGGCAAUGGAGUACCUCCAUCACAAUCACAACGAGCUGAUCUUUCACCGUGACCUGAAGCCUAGCAACAUGUUGUUUGACGAGGAGAUGACGAUGCAUGUAGCGGACUUUGGCAUUGCAAUGUUGAUUCUAGACGACAAAUCCACAACAUGCACGAGCAUGCCCGAAACAGUAGGGUAUAAUCAGCCACCUCUUAGCGAGUACGGGUCUCUCGGAAAAGCAUCGUUGAACAGCGACGUGUUCAGCUACGGAAUCAUGCUCCUUGAAGUCUUCACCAGGAGGAGACCCACGGAUGCCAUGUUCGGCGAACAGCUGACCCUCCAGCAGUGGGUCCAUCAGGCAUUCCCCGCGGAGCUUCUCCAGGCCGUGGACGGCCAACUACUGCAAGGACCCUACCUUUCUAGUGGGAGCUCGGACCAUGGCCUUCUUGCGUCCGUGUUCGAGCUAGGUUUGCUCUGCUCCAGCGAGUCGGCUGACCAGAGGAUGACGAUGCGCGAUGUGGUCGUGGCGCUGAAGAAGAUCAAAGACGAGUACGCCAAGCGGACAAUAACAAUGCCGUGUGGUGUUGCACAGUGA